AUGAAUGUUCAUAAUUGGGUCGUGGUGGCGACCACGAAUGGGCACAAGCGACUAAUGCGAGGACGGGUUUGUCUUGUCUUCGUCCCUCCGCCGGCGUCAGACCAUCAGCCGUCCACUUGCAAGUGUCCCUGCCACGCCGAGGAACUGGGCCAAUUGGACCUCGGCUACAAGACGACGCCGGGCAUCGGCGCCGUCCAGUCGACCAGUGGCCUCUCGCCGUCCACCUCCGACAGCCUGACUGUCCCGGCCGCUGCAACUGUCGCGACUCGAACCGAGACCCGAACAAAUCCCGCCUCACCGCCGGCCUCGACGGUUCGCAAUCAGCCAACCGCGCCCAGCCGAAUCGGCCCGACAAGCCUCACCUCGCAACUGCCGCCGUUGCGUCAGUCGGCACACUCGAGCGCAGCAAUCGCCAAAUCCGCCCUUCUCGACGUCUCGAGUCCGGCCAUUCGAAUCGCCCAACUGGCCACGACUCGACAAGCGCCCAUUCAGCCGCUCGUCAGCACAGACGUCGUCACAGUGUCGUCACAGCAACCGGCCAGUGGCGCAGGUGGUACCAACUCGCAAAGAGGCGUCCGGCGCGGCACCAGUCUCCGUGAGGCCGAAGGCAUCAGCUGCACCCCGUUGACCGCGGGCCUCGGACCCACGAAGUCCACAGACGAGCCAAAAUUACGUCAGCCCAGAGCAUAUCAACGACAGACGCAGGUUUUUAACUUCGACCUCGAGUAG